GUAGGUUUUGUUGACUAUUCGCCUGCAAUUUCACGAUGUAUCCGCGAGCCCGCCGCCUCAGUGGAGCUAGUGCGCCGUCAUCUCCUCCCUAGCAGAGGGCGAGCCAAACCCGGCGUUGGCUGGCUAGCUGGCUUGGGGGAAUGUGCCAAUGCGUAUGCUAGCGCCUGCGCUUCGGUUACAAGGAAGAAGGAGGGCAAAAAAGCCCGCACUGAUGGUUUAAUGCUUCUUAAAUUAAGACGUCAAGUGACCGGAGGAAAAGGGACCUCAACCUUGUGAAGUGCACCUGCCGAAAGACAACGACUUUAGGCCUGACUGCAGACAGUAAAGUAUCGAAUAUGGCUAUUGCGCGGCAGUUUGGACUCUUGGUAUGGAAAAACUACCUUCACCAGAAACGUCAAAUCCUGGUCACGCUGGUGGAGAUCAUCUUGCCUCUGCUGUUCUCCGGCAUCCUGAUCGCACUGCGCCAGAAAGUGCCUUUCAAGGACUUCCCCAACGCCACCGUCUACGAGAGCUUCUCGCUCAACGCCUUGCCCCGAAGUUUCCUCAGGCACAUGCAGUUGGCCUACGUGCCCGCCAACUCCACCGCCGUGCGACGGGUGGCGGAGGAUGUGCGGCUUAACCUGGCUUUACCCUCAGUGCACGGCUUUGAGUCGGAGAACGACUUUGAGGAAUACGUGAGGAAUGACCCGCUGUCUGGAAAGCUGCUUGCCGCCGUGGUCUUCCAGAAGCCCUGUUGUCACAAUGACCAGCCUUUACCUCUUCAGGUCAGCUACCACCUUCGCUUCAGCUUCAGUCCUCGCAACGCUCCGGCCAAAGAGAAAACGGAGCUGGACCCCAACAGCGACUUGGACUGGCACACGCUCAGCCUCUAUCCGCUGUUUCAGCUGCCCGGCCCGAGGGAACAGUACGACAAGAACGGCGGGACGCCUGGUUAUUACCGAGAGGGCUUCCUGACGGUGCAGCACGCGGUGGACAAAGCCAUCAUGCGCUCGUACAACCGGAACGCCGCCGACCGGCUCCUGAGCCAGAGCCGAGUGCUGGUGUCGCGCUUUCCGUACCCUCCCUUCAUCUACGACGUCUUCAUCCUGGCCAUCCAGAAUCAACUGCCUUUGCUGCUGGUGCUAAGCUUCACCUACACGUCCCUCAACAUCGUCCGGGCCGUGGUGCAGGAGAAGGAACGCAAGCUCAAGGAAUACAUGAGGAUGAUGGGGCUCAGCAACUGGCUCCACUGGACGGCUUGGUUCCUCAUGUUCUUUCUGUUCCUCUCCGUCUCCGUCUUUUUCGUCACCCUGCUCCUCUGCAUCCAGGUCAGCCCCAACGGAGCGGUCCUGAGUUACAGUGACCCCACGCUGGUAUUUGUCUUUCUUCUGAUCUUCACUGUGGCCACCAUCAACUUCAGCUUCAUGAUCAGUGCCUUCUUUUCACGAGCCAACGUGGCGGCUGCAGCGGGCGGCUUCACCUAUUUUCUCAGCUACCUGCCGUAUUUGUUCCUGUGGCCCCGCUACGACCUUCUGAGCCAUGCCCAGAAGGUGUCGGCCUGCCUCAUCUCCAAUGUGGCCAUGGCCAUGGGAGCGCAGCUUCUCGGGAUGUUUGAAGGCAAAGGCACGGGCAUUCAGUGGUCCAACAUGUUCGAUUCCGUGACUGUAGACGAUGACUUCUCCUUGGCCCAAGUAAUGGGCCUGCUGCUGUUUGACGCCUUCCUCUACGGCAUGGUGGCCUGGUACGUCGAGGCCGUUUUUCCGGGAGAGUACGGAGUGCCACUACCCUCCUACUUCUUCCUGCUGCCCUCCUAUUGGUGCAGCAGCCCUCGCGUGGCUCUGCUCGACGAAAAGGAGGAAGAGGAGGAUGCCGAAAAAGCGCUAAAAGGGGAGUUCAUCGAGGAGGAACCCAACGGAGUCGUCUCGGGGAUCAAGAUUAAGCAUCUCUUUAAGGAGUUCCGAGUGGGCAAGAAAAGCCGCAAAGCCGUCCGGGAUCUCACGCUCAACAUGUUCGAGGGCCAGAUAACCGUUCUCUUAGGACACAACGGUGCCGGCAAGACCACCACGCUGUCCAUGUUGACAGGUCUGUUCCCCCCGACUGGCGGGAGGGCCUACAUCAACGGCUACGACAUCUGUCAAGACAUGGCUCUGAUCCGCCGCAGUCUGGGACUCUGCCCUCAACACGACGUUCUCUUCGAUAAUCUGACCGUCAAAGAGCACCUGCUUUUCUAUGCGCAGUUGAAAGGCUUUUCCAAAGAGAAGAUUCCGGACGAGGUGGACAGAAUCAUCGGGAUACUCCAUCUGGAAGACAAGCGAAACGCCCGCUCCAAAACGCUGUCGGGCGGCAUGAAGCGCAAACUCUCCAUCGGCAUCGCCCUCAUUGGCGACUCCAAGGUGGUGAUGUUAGACGAACCCACGUCCGGUAUGGACCCGUCUGCCCGCCGCGCCACCUGGGAUCUCCUCCAGGGCGAGAAGAGCGGACGCACCAUCCUGCUCACCACCCACUUCAUGGACGAGGCCGACCUACUGGGCGACCGCAUCGCCAUCAUGGCCGGCGGCGAGCUGCAAUGCUGCGGCUCGCCGCUUUUCCUCAAGAACAAAUAUGGUGCCGGCUACCACAUGGUGAUUGUGAAAGAAGCCCUGUGUAACGUGUCGGAGAUCACCCGCCUGGUUCACUUGUAUGUCCCGAACGCCACACUGGAGAGCAGUGCGGGGGCGGAGCUCUCCUACAUUCUCCCAAAGGAAAGCACCAGCAGGUUCGAACUGCUCUUUGCCGAGCUGGAGAUGAACAGAGAGGAGCUGGGCAUCGCCAGCUACGGGGCCUCCGUCACCACUAUGGAGGAGGUCUUCCUCAGAGUUGGCAAAUUGGUGGAUUCCAGUUUGGACAUCCAAGCCAUUCAGUUACCCGCCCUGCAGUACCAGCACGAGAGACGCUCGCACGACUGGACGACGGACGACGCCAGCAGCAUCAGCGGCAUGACCGACGUCACCGACUUUACCGACAGCGGCACGCUUAUCUCCGAGGACUGUUCCAACAUCAAACUCAACACUGGGGCGAGGCUUUACCUGCAGCAGUUUUACGCCAUGUUCCUGAAGAGGGCGCUCUACAGCUGGAGGAACUGGAAGGUGAUGGUGGCCCAGUUCCUCAUCCCUUUGGUUUUCAUCGUCGUGGCGUUAGUGGUGGCGCGCACCUUACCCGACCACAAGAAGGCGCCUCAGCUAGGACUGGAGCUGGCUCGUUACGGCCCCACCCGGGUCCCGUUGGCCGUCCCCGAGGGGGCGGGCGCCCUGGCCUCCGACCUGGCCGCCGCUUACGCCGCGCAGCUCCCCGCGCAGAACGGCCGGCUCGUCAACGUCAGCGAUUUUACCGACUACAUCUUGACCCAAGCGGAGGAAGAGGGUGGCGUCUUCAAUGAGCGCUGCGUGGCGGGCGCCGCUUUCCGCGGAAGCGGAAAGUACUAUACCGAGGCCACGGCGUACUUCAACAACGAGGGCUACCACACGCCCGCCACGGCGCUCAUGAUGGUGGACAACGCUUUGUUCCGACUCCUCGCCGGGCCCAACGCUUCCAUUCAUGCCGCUAACUACCCCAUGCCGCGCAACCUGUCGGAGGCUGCCCGAAGCCAGCUUACAGAAGGAAAGACGGGCUUCGUCAUCGCCAUCAACCUGAUGUACGGGAUGGCCUCGCUGACCAGCACCUUCGCGUUGCUGCUCGUCACCGAAUCGGCAAUUAAGUCCAAGCACGUGCAGAAGGUCAGCGGGGUCUACCUGUCCAACUUCUGGUUCUCGGCGCUGCUGUGGGACAUGGUCAACUUCCUGUUGCCGUGUCUCCUCAUGUUGACCGUGUUCCAGGCCUUCGGCGUGGAGGCCUUCAUCAAGGAUAACCGCCUAGUGGACGUUCUCCUGAUGCUCCUGCUGUACGGCUGGGCGGUGGUGCCGCUCAUGUAUCUGCUCAGCUUCUUCUUCUCCUCCGCCGCCACCGCUUACACCCGCCUGACCAUCUUCAACAUGAUCUCCGGCACCGCCACCUUCCUGGCCGUCACCAUUAUGACAAUUCCAGAGUUGAACCUACAGAACCUGUCCCGCUUGCUGGACAAGGUCUUCCUGAUCUUUCCGAACUAUUGUCUGGGAAUGUCCUUCUGUCAGUUCUACCAGAACUACGAGUUCAUCUCCUUUUGCACAACCAGCCCAGAGACUAUGGUCAUCUGCAAAUUCUUAAAUAUUACAUACCAAAGCAACUACUUCUCAAUGUCUGAGCCCGGCGUGGGCCGCUUCCUGGUGGCCCUGUCCACACAAGGCGUCAUCUUUAUGAUCCUGCUCUUCGUCAUCGAGCUGCAGUGUGUCCGCUCCGUCCGGCAAUUCCUCUCCUCGCUCUGUAGGAGGCCAAAGCAGUUAUCUUUCCUGGGAGAUGCGGCGCUGCUCCCAGAGGAUAGAGACGUAGCGGACGAGCGCAAGCGGGUUCUGGAGUGCCAUCCCAUGGUGGAGUCCAUGGUCGGGAGCCCGCUCAUUCUGCAGGAGCUCAGCAAGGUUUACAGCGGCGGGCAGACACUCGUCGCCGUGGACCGCUUGUCUCUGGCCGUCGGUAAAGGAGAAUGUUUUGGCCUGCUGGGCUUUAACGGCGCCGGGAAGACCACCACCUUCAAAAUGCUGACCGGCGACGAGAGUGUGACCUCCGGCGACGCCUACAUCGACGGCUACAGCAUCUUGAGAGACAUUAAGAAGGUGCAACAGCGCAUCGGAUACUGUCCUCAGUUUGACGCCGUGUUGGAGCACAUGACUGGCAGGGAAACCCUAAGCAUGUACGCCAGGCUUCGGGGAAUACCCGAGAAGUACGUGUCGGGCUGCGUGGAGAACGUGCUGAGGUCGCUGCUGCUGGAGCCACACGCCGAUAAACUGGUGCGCAGCUACAGCGGCGGGAAUAAACGCAAACUGAGCGCCGGCACGGCUCUCAUCGGCGGACCGCCGGUCAUCUUCUUGGACGAGCCCUCUACGGGAAUGGAUCCCGUGGCAAGGAGGCUGUUGUGGGACGCCGUCACGCGCACGCGGGAAUCCGGCAAGGCCGUCGUCAUCACGUCGCACAGCAUGGAAGAAUGCGAGGCGCUGUGCACCCGACUGGCGGUGAUGGUCAACGGGCAGUUCAAGUGCCUGGGGAGCCCGCAGCACCUCAAGAGCAAGUUCGGCAGCGGCUACACGCUGCUGGCCAAAGUGCACGCCGAGGCCGAGCCGGAGGACGGCCACCUGCGGCUUUUUAAAGACUUCAUCCAAAGCACCUUUCCAGGAAGUCAACUGAAGGACGAACACCAGGGAAUGGUCCACUAUCAUUUGAUGGACAAGAAGCUAACCUGGGCCCAGGUGUUUGGCACCCUGGAGGCGGCCAAAGAGAAGUACAGCAUCGAGGAUUACUGCGUCAGCCAAAUUUCACUGGAGCAGGUUUUCCUCAGCUUCGCUCAGUUCCAACACUGCACGGAAAGGCGGAGGAAGUAAGGCCUUUCAUCUAUUUGUCCUUUCCCCUACUGCGAGCGGUCCGGAUGGACUUGACACGCCACUCUUGCGUAACAAGACUUUUAUUUCAUUUUUUUUUUUUUUUUUUUUUUAAUAAGGUCAAAGGCAAUGAUGUCAUACAUUGCUGAAAACUUGCGUCCAAUUGUGUUUUUGCGUCCGUGUGUGUGUGUUAUUAUUUAAAAUCUUAUUUUAAGAUUGUUUUAAAAGACUUGCGGGAGGGAAAACAAACCACUCUUUGAUACGUUAAUGAUUGUCGCACACCUUAAAGCCUUAUCUAACCAAUGAGGGUUAUUUCUUCUUUGUUAUUUUAUUGCCUUUUCUUGUUUUCUUCCCAAGCCUCCUUUGGCUGCCAGGUGCAAAAAACAUGUGAUAUGUUCAUGGUUCACAAAAGUAAGUCAGAGGGCAGAGUCUUUCCCGCUUUGUUUUGCACGCCCGACUCGCUCUUUUAACCUGUCGCUUGCCAUUGACGGCGAUCUUAAGUCCAAACUGUUUAAAGACGAAACGUCAACCCGUUUUAUCGGCGUAUCAUCCGUUCAUUCCGUGUUUUAGAAUCCAGAAUGCCUAUUUUUCGCUGUUUUGAAAUUAAAAAUACAAUAUGAGCAACUGGAAUGAUCGUGGUAUUUUUCUUUGGUUUAUAUCAAUGUGUUGUUCUCAAGAGCUGCAAAGUUUUGCUGUUUAAGCCUAUCCAUAGACUUCAUAAGGUAUUGACGGGACACGGGGCCGAUAAAUAGGGGGCCUGCAUUGUUGGCGAAGCUGACCAAGUGGAAUUACGGACGAAAGAGCUUUUUCCGUUGAAAAUUCUUGGGAAUAAAUGCUUAAAUCCCUGAAUUCUGUUUAAAUAUGGACGUAAAACCAAGUCCCAAUUAUUGGUUAAAAGCAACAAAAAAACAAAAACGUGCAGUUAGCAUUUAUUUUACAUAAAAGUAAAAUCUAGUAAUCAGUCAUCAAGUACAAUCUGUUAGUGGCUGUAGCUAGCGGCCGUCUGAUGUAAACAGAGCUUUUCUGGUGAAAAUUCCUGUGAAUAAAUGCUUCAAUCCCUGAAUUCUUUAUAGACAUGGACGUAAAACAGUCCUGAUUCUUGGUUAAAAGCAAAAAAAAAAAUGUGCAGUUAGCAUUUAUUUUACAUAAAUAUGUCAAAGUACAAUGCCAGUCUGUUAGUAAAUGUAGCUAGCAGCUGCCUUUUGUAAACAGAGCUUUUCCGGUGAAAAUUCUUGUUAAUGAAUGCUUAAAUGCCCGAAUUAUUUAUAGAUAUGGACGUAAAACAGUCCCAAUUCUUGGUUAAAAGCAAAAAAAUGUGCAGAUAGCAUUUAUUUUACGUAAAUAUGUCAAAGUACACUGCUAAUCUGUUAGUGGAUGUAGCUAGCGGCUGUCUGAUGUAAACAGAGCUUUUCUGGUGAAAAAUUCUGUGAAUAAAUUCUUAAAUCCCCGAAUUCUUUAUAGAUAUGGACGUAAAACAGACCCGGUUCUUAGAUAAAAGCAAAAGCAAAAAAACAUGCAGUUAGCAUUUAUUUUACAUAAAUAUGCCAAAGUACAAUGCUAGUCUGUUAGUCAAUGUAGCUAGCGGCCACCUUUUGGAAACAGAGCUUUUCCGUUGAAAAUUCUUGUGAAUUAAUGCUUAAAUCCCCAAAUUAUUUAUUGAUAUGGAUGUAAAGCAGUCCCGAUUCUCGGUUAAAAGCACAACAACAUCAAAAACAGCGCAGAUAGCAUUUAUUUUACGUAAAUAUGUCAAAGUACAAUGCUAGUCUGUUAGUAAAUGUAGCUUGCGGCCGCCUUUUGGAAACAGAGCUUUUUCAGUGAACAUUCUUGUGGAUAGAUGCUUAACCUUUUUUUGCCAAAUGUAUCACAUUUGAUACACCUAAAAUUUAAUGAUUUUGAGAGUAAUUCAGAAUUUUGACAUUUUUUUGAAAAAAAAAAAAAAAUGAUGGAUGCAAGUCAACACAUGCAUCUGCAGGUUCCACGAGAAAAAAUAAAUCAUGAUUUAGCUCGGGUUAUAGAUAUUCGAGCACUUAUUACAGAAAUUCAUUUUGACAUUUCUUUUUACAAAUUUGAAAAAAAAAGGUUUCAUUAGGACCUUAUUUUUCAAAUUUUGGGGUUCUCUGAUAAUUGCUUCAUGUUGCAGGUCUUUAAGGGUUAAAUCCCUGAAUUCUUGGUUAAAAGCAACAACAACAAAAAACAA